AUGAGGGGAACGAAAACAUUUUUCCUGAUUUUAUUAUUUGGACACCUGUCUGCGUUGCCAGAUACAAUACGAAUAGGUGGGUUAUUCCAUCCUGAGGACGAUAAGCAGGAGGUAGCGUUCCGGUACGCGGUCGAGCGGGUAAAUGCGGACAGGGCGGUCUUACCCCGAGCCAAAUUGUUAGCCCAAGUCGAAACCAUAUCACCACAAGAUAGCUUCCACGCGUCUAAACGAGUAUGCCACCUUCUAAGAAGUGGUGUCGCAGCGAUAUUCGGACCUCAGUCAGCACCUGCGGCUGCCCAUGUCCAGUCUAUCUGCGACACUAUGGAACUACCCCAUUUGGAGACCAGAUGGGAGUACCGUACGCGAAGGGAGUCAUGUCUCGUUAACUUGUAUCCCCAUCCUGCCGCAUUAAGUAGGGCAUAUGUAGACCUUGUUCGAGCGUGGGGUUGGAAAUCUUUUACCAUUGUAUAUGAAAAUAGCGACGGCUUGGUUCGCCUUCAAGAGCUUCUGAAAGCUCAUGGGCCUACGGAACUCCCUGUCGCGGUUAGACAACUACCUGAAUCACAUGAUUACAGGCCACUUUUGAAGCAAAUAAAAAAUUCUGCCGAAUCGCAUAUUGUCCUCGACUGUGCAACAGAAAGGAUACGUGAUGUGUUACAACAGGCUCAACAGAUUGGUAUGAUGUCGGAUUAUCAUAGCUAUCUAAUAACAUCACUGGAUUUACACAGCGUUGAUUUGGAAGAAUUCAAAUAUGGCGGUACGAAUAUCACUGCUUUAAGAUUGUUGGACCCUGAGAGAUCAGAUGUACAACGAGUCGUGAGAGACUGGGUGUAUGAUGAAGCUAGAAAAGGUCGUAAAUUACAACUAAGUCAUACAUCAGCUAAAGAAAAUAUGACAUUUAUUAAGACUGAAACAGCUCUGAUGUACGACGCGGUACAUUUGUUCGCCAAAGCGUUGCACGACCUCGACACUUCCCAACAAAUUGACGUAAAACCCUUGUCUUGCGACGCCGAAGACACGUGGCCUCAUGGAUACAGUCUCAUCAAUUAUAUGAAAAUUGUGGAGAUGAAAGGACUAACUGGUGUUAUAAAGUUUGACCACCAAGGAUUUAGGAGCGAUUUCACUCUUGACAUUAUCGAAUUAACAAGGGACGGCUUGCAGAAGGCCGGGACGUGGAAUUCCUCGGAAGGCGUCAAUUACACGAGGUCUUACGGCGAUAAUCAAAAGCAAAUAGUGGAAAUACUACAGAACAAAACACUCGUCGUCACUACCAUACUGAGUGCUCCAUAUUGUAUGAGAAAAGAGGCAAGUGAAAAGCUUAUUGGUAAUGCGCAGUUUGAGGGCUACGCCAUUGAUCUGAUACAUGAGAUCUCAAAAGUACUUGGCUUUAAUUAUACUUUCAAACUUGCACCCGAUGGACGAUAUGGCUCUUACAACCGAGAGACUAAAGAGUGGGAUGGAAUGAUUAGAGAGCUGUUGGAACAAAGAGCAGAUGUUGCUAUAGCCGAUCUUACGAUCACUUACGACAGGGAACAAGUGGUUGAUUUCACGAUGCCUUUCAUGAAUCUCGGCAUAUCGGUUUUAUAUCGGAAGCCUAUAAAGCAACCUCCAAAUUUAUUCUCCUUCCUAUCGCCUCUUUCCUUGGAUGUUUGGAUUUAUAUGGCAACAGCGUAUUUGGGGGUUUCUGUACUUUUAUUUAUUCUUGCAAGGUUCAGCCCCUACGAGUGGGACAGCCCCGGGAACUGUAUUGACGAGCCCCAAGUGUUGGAGAACCAGUUCACUCUGUUGAACUCGCUUUGGUUCACUAUUGGAUCCUUGAUGCAGCAAGGUUCGGAUAUCGCACCGAAGGCUGUAUCAACCCGAAUGGUCGCAGGAAUGUGGUGGUUCUUUACGUUGAUAAUGAUAUCCUCUUACACUGCAAACUUAGCGGCGUUCCUUACAGUGGAAAGAAUGGACUCGCCCAUUGAAAGCGCAGAGGACUUAGCAAAGCAGACUAAAAUUAAAUACGGAGCUUUGAAAGGCGGUUCUACUGCUGCAUUUUUCAGGGAUUCAAACUUCUCAACAUAUCAGCGAAUGUGGUCUUUUAUGGAAUCCGCGAGACCGUCUGUAUUUACUAGCAGCAACAAAGAAGGCGAAGAGCGAGUGAUGCGUGGUAAAGGUUCCUAUGCAUAUUUAAUGGAAUCGACUACUAUCGAAUACGUUGUGGAAAGGAACUGCGAUCUUACGCAAGUUGGAGGGAUGUUAGAUUCAAAGGGAUACGGCAUCGCAAUGCCCCCAAACUCACCAUAUCGAACUGCAAUCAGUGGUGCUGUUUUAAAGUUGCAAGAGGAAGGGAAAUUACAUAUUUUAAAAACAAAAUGGUGGAAAGAGAAACGCGGUGGAGGUUCUUGUAGGGAUGAAACCUCAAAAUCGUCGUCGACAGCCAACGAACUGGGCCUCGCUAAUGUAGGCGGCGUGUUCGUCGUACUAAUGGGGGGCAUGGGGGUAGCUUGUGUUAUUGCCGUCUGCGAAUUCGUUUGGAAAUCAAGGAAGGUGGCCGUUGAUGAACGGAAAGAAGAGGCGUCUCUUUGUUCGGAAAUGGCUUCGGAGUUGAGAUCUGCGCUCAAGUGCCCAAGUACUGGCAGCGGUGGGGGGCCAGCUAACACUAGGGAUGGCGCUGGGUCACCAUACCUUCACUAUGGGUUUAGUACAAAGAGCCAGCUUCACUAGCGCCGCGACUCAGCCUCCUCGCCAACAAGCGAUGUGUAGGCCUAAGGACAAUACGUACAGCGAAUACUGCCGGUGUUUUCUUAAUAUGAAUAAUGUGUGUGAAAAUGAUUUUAUAAUUUUUACAUUUAUAUUGUACUUCGUAUGAUAAAAAUAGUGUGGAAAUAAAU